AUGGCUUUCAAUCCUACCGCGAACCAGAUCGAGUGGCACAUGCAGCAAUUGCGACAGUGGAUGGUUCCGACAACAGUCCCUGCACCAUCCAAAUUCACCUCGAGCAUGGACACCCAACUCUUCCCACAAGAUUUCUACCUCCAGAAUGUUCCUUCCAACGAUAUUUACGAUUGUGACACGCUCAGCAGCCCUGGACAAACAUCUGCCUCUCUCCAACGCGCACAUACCUUUGCCAGCAUGUCCGAAUAUGCGUUCACCUCCUGGGAGGACUUCACGGGCCUGGAUCCCUUGACGCCAGGGAGUUGGGCUGGAGAAGAGAAGGGCAACUUUGAUGACUGCGUGUCCACCUAUUCAGAAGCUCCGUCGAGCUAUUUCUCCUCCGAUUUCUCGGAACGGCCCAAGUUUGAUUCGAUUGUGUCGUCGAGCAGGACUACCCCUCCGGUCUUCCCACAGCUGCAGCCGCCUCCUCAAGAGAACACCUCCCAGGUUGAUUCCCUCAUGAAAGCGCUGCAGCCCGUCCAACAACCGCAGCCUCAGCCCACCAGCUCCAAUGGCAAACCCAAGAAGCACCCAUGCCCUCACCCAGACUGCGGAAAGUCCUUCUCUCAACAUACACACCUUAAGAUCCAUCUGCGUUCCCAUACUGGCGAGAAGCCUUAUACAUGUUCUUUCCCCUCAUGUCGGCAAUCCUUCUCGCAGUUGGGCAAUCUACGCACCCAUGAGCGGCGACAUGUCGGGCAACGACCCAAUCGCAAGAGGUCUUCCUCCGAUCCAGGGGCCCGAGGCCGAAAAUAUGAGUGCAUCCUGGACGGUUGCAAGGGCGUCGAAGAGGGUCAUGCCGGCAAGGUCUUUACACAACUGGGAAACCUCAAAGCGCACAUGAACAAAUUCCAUAAAGAGACAUUGGCAAAACUUUCCCAACAAUUUGCUCAAGAUGAAACGCCUCCAGAGGAGGCCGAAUUGAGGAAGUAUUUCCAAGAGCUCUAUAAGCACUGCAAUAAAGGGAUCAAGGGACGGGGCAAAGGACGAAAAGUCGAAGUGCUCGUCCCUAUUGAUCAACCUUGA